AACAUGGUCGCUCAGUCAACACGCCUCUUCUUUCCAACCCUCUCAACUCUAACAGUCACCGCGCCGGCAGCAUAAGUCAUAAGUCACCAACCAUGAAGGCCUUUAUCUUGGCUAUCCUCCCCGCCCUUGUGGCUGCGAGUCCCUUCGGCGAAUCGGAACAGAAGCGGGAUGCUUGCAACGCCGACAACUGCUUGCGAGCCGUCCGGGCCUCCAAGUCCUUUGAUCCCCACAGCUCGGACUGUGUCUCCUACUUCAAGGUGACCGUAACACCUGCGACAUCGACGAUCUACGAGACCCUGACGUUCACAACCACUCCGACGUUUAUUCAGCCGGUCACAUACACUGACGUGAUCCCCGAGACCGUGAGCACUACAGGGACAACCACCACCCUAACUACCUCGGUAACCACCGUCAAGACUACGCUCGUCGUCACAACCACAUCCACCUCCACACAUACGUUUUACAACAAGCGACAAGUGACAGAAGUGCCCUCAGUCAUCCCGACCUAUGCCUCAGCCUGCUCCGGCGCCGUGCGCUACUCCAGCGCCUGCUCGUGCAUCGGCGUCACCGCCGAGACCAUCACCGCCGACAGCCCCGUCACGACGGUGACCGUGUCGACGACAGAGACGCCCACCACCGUGACGGUCGACUCGACGGUGGCCACCGUCGACGCCACCACCGUCGUGGCCACACAGACCGUCAUCGUCACCGUCACCGACGUGGUGCCCGCCACAGUGACAGAGGUCGACACCACCACCACCAAGGUCUUGGCCACGGCGUCGGCGACGACGACGCCGCUGGACGACUGCGCCAACGGCAGCACGUACACCGACUACAGAGGAAGCGAGCUCGGCGCCUGGUCUGAGACCUGCGACCAUUACUGCCCCGGCUGGGCCCUGCUCUUCGACGGGAAGGGCUACAGCUCUUUCCAGCACUGCAUGUCCGACUGCGGGGCCCAAAACGUGGGCGAGUUGGUCAACUUCAACUACGAAACCAGCGAGUGCCAGUGCUACAUGGGCUGCAACUUUCCCAGCGCAUGCUACGCACGGCCCGGGUGGAAUACCGGAAUCACCUGGUUGGCUUCUUGUUAGGUGUUGCAGCCGACGGGUCCUGUCCUAUAAUUAGGAUUGCAGACUCCUUCUCGAUAGGGGGCUGGAAACCAUUGGUAGAGACAGACGGGUGUUGGGAAAGAAUUUAGCGUUAUAAACGAAGAUACAUAGUUGCACAGGUUAUUUAUAAUCAUUCAGAGGAUACAAUAUAAGAUG